AUGGUCGAUCGCCGGCCACUCAUGCAGGAAUCCUCGGAUCUUUCUGAGAGCUCAGACAACACACCUGCACUGCCAUCGCUCGGCUUCUCCAACAACUCCCACACCCUCGGCCUUGCUACCCCACCGCCUGCACGACCAACCUACGCACGGCACCACAGCGAUACUACCGCCAUCGGCCGCAAUACACCAAGCAUCGUACAGGAAGAGGAUGAGGAGGAGGAGGAUAUCGCGGAUAGCUUCCAACGAGCCAAGGACAGUGGGUUGGGCAUAGCAGCAUCUGGUGCGACUACCCAGACUGCCAGACGUGUCAGCAUACAACCCAUCCCGCGACGAGCCGUGGGUCCUGGCCCUAAGAGCCCGCCCACAAAGAGCACUGGCACCUUCUCGCCUCCAGGUUCCGCCGAUCCAUACUUUGGAAGCUUUCCUAAAAGCUCGAAUGAGUCCACACCAGAUCUGCGACGAGAUAGGUUCAGCCCUGACGUAGGCAGAGCCAGUCCCGACGUCGGCACAUACGAAGACUUUCGGCAGGGCAUCCUGAAGAAUGCAAAGCAAAGCAACACCAGUGUGAACGAGUAUGAGACAUACAUACAUGCCUCUGAUACUGAUGGGCUCAGAGGAGGUGGGGCAGCACCAUCCAUCAAGUCGGCAUACGAGAAUGACUUUCGCCCAACACAUGAAUGUGCGACCACUCGAGACUUCUACCACCCACGCUUCACCUGGCUCAACUUAUCUCUGAUCGUUAUUUCGUUAUUCUCGUGCCUGUUCUCAGGCAUCUUCCUAGCUCUAGCUAUCCGCGCACCUCACUAUGGACGACGCAUCACUAGUCACGGUCCCAUUACGCCUUCCGAUGCUAUUCUACUUACGACUGUUAUGGCUAAGCUUAUUGAGUUGUCCUUUGUCACAGCCUUUGUAGCGUUUCUUGGACAGGUACUUAGUCGAAGAGCAUUCAUGAAAGACCAUGGUCGAGGGGUUACGCUUUCAGAGCUUAGUAUGUGGAGAUGGGUUGUUCAGCCUGGAACUCUAAUCACGCACUGGGAAACUGCCAAGUAUGCUGGGCUAUCUUUCCUAGGUAUAUUGAGUUUACUGAGCGCUAUCCUGGCGACACUGUACUCGUCCGCGGCUGCAGCUACUGUCCAGCCUAUGCUGAGAGAUGGCAACUGGGACAACGGUCUGGUAUUGGCUGGCCGGGUCAAGAGCGACUUUGCGAACAUCAACUACCUCAAGCAGAUGUGCCAGACACCCAUUCGCACUGAUAAGAAGGCUCAAGGAGAGACUUGCCUACAAAUGGAACAUGCUGGCCAGGGAUACCACAAUUUUCAGCGCUACCUCUCGGACUGGGAUCUAUCAGCCAGAAACGGCAACGGUACUGCGAUCCAGGAGCUACGACCCCAAGGCUUUGGCCUUCUAUACGAAAACACCACGGUCACUGGCCAAUGGGUCGACAUCAUCAAUACCACUGAGGUAUCCAAGAAGUAUGGUAGAGCUAUCAACAACGUAACAAUGGCAAUGCCCCACUCGGGUGUUUUCGCUGCUGCCCGCGACCAGAGAAACGGGAUUCUGCAACCUGAAGAGCUGAACUCUGAAGGAACUUACUCAUUGCGAGCUUCGGUGCCGUCACCAAUCUUGAACGUGUUAUGUGUCAAUAUGAACACGACGGAGUUAGAGCCUAUUGUAUAUGCUACAUGGCCCAACGCUGAAGAGGUCAACCUCACUUCAUGGGGAAAUGUCCCCGGUAUCAGAGAUAACGCGACCACAUUCAACACAACUGUGGUGGAUGAGAUUUUUGGCUGGGACGUCAAUGACACAACCACGCUCAAUUCGCCUCCUGUCUUCGGCAAAUACCCUUCUUCUUUUAACACAAUCUUGAACCAUUCUAGCAACGCCUGGGGACGACCUGCGAUUUAUCUGCUGGGACAGGGUGGGCCAGAUGACGUUGGUAUAGAUGGGACAGGCAUCUUUUCACUAUGCAAGAUACACCUUACAGUGAGGCCGGGAUGCAGUACACGACACAACGUCACAGGAUCCGGUGCUACCAUGGAAGCACUUUGCGAACAACCUGAUGACAAAAUGGCUUUCGUCGAGACGGGAGAGUCAGUCAGCGUCAAUACCAAGGGCGUUGCUAACUGGCGCGACAUAGGUACUGACUGGGCGAACAGUCUCUCACUCGGCACCGGUCUCAUGGAUGCAAAUGCGAGUACUUCCAGACUUUUGACACAGUUGAUAUUGAAGCCUACCGAUCCGGAUCCUGAAAAUCUGAAAGUGGACCUAAGCGAUGCGAUACCCAGCAUAGGGGAGGCCAUAGCCGUCUUGGCUGGAUGUACCCUGCUCUUAAGUAUGAUAGAUACGCCCUUUGUCACGUUCUGGAACUAUACACAUCCUAUGCUCGACGAGUACCAAACUCAAUUCUUCAAAGCAUCUCUCAAAGCUCAACAAUAUGCAUCCGGCGGCAUGCCUGGUGCUUCCAGAGCAUGGGUACUCAUACUUGCGCUCGUCUUCGCCAUGAAUAUCUUCGUCCUUAUCUACUUCAUUCUCCAUCGCGGACUGGUGACAGACUUCUGCGAGCCACCAAACCUUUUCGCCCUCGCCGUCAACUCUCCUCCCUCACACGUUCUCGCCGGAUCCUGUGGCGGUGGCCCAGAAGGCAAACAAUACAUGGUGAACUGGUUUGUCAACCAUGAAGUGGAGGAGAGCCAGCACCGGGCCGAGGGCGAGGGCAUUCAAUUCCUGUAA